AUGUUAUAUUAUAAACCUAAAUACUUAAAAUCAGUUGUUCCUUCAACUUUUACAACUGAACCUCCAAGUGCAGCAGACUCUAUAAUUUUGGAUUCUCGUAUAUUGAGUGAAGAAAAACUUAAUCUAAAUAGUAAGUUUGCUUUACUUGACCAAUUUAGCUAUCGAGCUUUUGAUAUAAAAGAAUAUAAUCUAACUCAACGAGAGUUACCAAGCCAAAAGAAACAUAUCAUAUACAAUAACAAAUUAGAUGUUUGGGGUGAAACAACCUUGACUCUUCUUAGGAAUCAAUUCCUUUAUACAUCUUUAGAUAUAUAUGAAAAAUAUUCACCUGUAGUCUUAUUUAUUUACGUAAAAAAAGGUGAUCCAAAUACUAAAAUGAGAUUAUUUUGUUCUGUUAAAUUUCAAUAACCCAAUAGAUUCAACGCAGAAAUUGAAACUUAAGGUCGAGUUCUUAAAUAUCAUUCUAAAGAAGGCUCAACUUUUUUUGAUCCUACAUUAUACCUUGCUAUUUUGGCUCAUAAUGAUGUUGUUAUUACAAUCAAAAAUGAAUUUUCUAAACCUCUAUUACCUAGAAAAAUAUCUUAAAUUAAAAAAAAAGAUGAAACAAAUCCUGAAAUAGAAGAAUAUGCUGAAUAAAUCAUUCAAAAACGAAAAUUAAGAUAGAAAUCAUUAAAUUUUGUAAAUCUUAAUAGAUCUUUGAUUCGGAAAUAAAGAAUCGAGUCUCCAUGCAAUACUGAAAGAUUGAAAGAAAUUAAAUUAAAAUAAACAAAUAUCUAAAAAGAAUAAAAUUUAAAAAGAAUUGCUUAAAUUGCUUUACAUGAUGUUGCCAAAGAAAUUAAAUAAAAAUAAAUCAAUAUUCAACUUAAGUAAAGUAUUUCAUAUAUAUAGAUAAAUGCAUAAAGAAUGGAUUUGUAAGAAAUGGUUUUAAGUUAUCAUUUUAAUCAAUUACAUUACGCCAUCUAUUAGUAAUUACAUUAAAGUACAGAAACGUAUUUCUGAAAAAAAUAUGAGGAAAUAAAUAUUGACCAUGUAAUUCAUAAAAAAGAUUACAAAUAAUAUUUAAAAUCAAGGACCAAAAUUAAAAUUAAGAACCUUAUUACUAUGUAAAAUGAGUAUGCAAAUUUGCAUUCAUAGUUAAAAGGAUAAGGUCAAAUUAAAGGGUAGCAAUAUUAUAAUUGAAAUUUUAAGAUAAAAUAUAAGAAGCCAUUAUACAGUUACAAAAGGUUUACACACAGUUAAUCUAAGUAUUUAUUUAUUUUGAAUAUAGUUAAAAAAUGUAUAAAUAUGCUUGUUCGACACAAGAACAAAAGAUUAGAAUUUAUAUAAUAGAUGAAAAUUACUAUAAUGUAUUAAUGUAAAUAAAUUUAUGGGGAGAUUUUGAAGAUGAAAUAAUAAUCAUUUUAGUAAUUACCUCUGUAACAGUAAUAAUAAUAGGAAAAGAAUAAAAAUAAAAGGGAUCCUUUACAUUACUUAAUUCAUGAUUAGUAUAGAAUUUAUUAUUAUCAUUUUAAUAGAUAAUUUAUAAUGCUUAUAUAUAAGAAAUUAUUUACAAAUGUGUUACAGAAAUGGAAUUAAGAUUUUGAAGCCUUUCGAAAAGUUUAUCGUGAUAGUAAGAAGAAAGGUUUGGCAUUGUUGUUGAGACCAUUACCAUUUGAAAUACCUAAAGUAGAGAUUAUUAAUAAUCAUAUUGUAGAGGAAUUGGAUCGUAGAGGAUUGA